CUUUCACUCCCCCCUCGCUCGUGCCCGUCAGCUCCGAUCCCUGCGCGACCUAGCCACACUCUCAUACCGCACACCCGACAUUAGCAACCUGCAUCCCCCUUUUGCGGACGACCUGCAAAGGUCGGAGACGCAACGACAAGCAUGGCGACGCUCAACGUCAAGGAUGCCCUGUCCUAUUUGGACCAGGUCAAGGUCCAAUUCUCGGAUCAGCCCGAGGUAUACAACCGCUUCCUUGAUAUCAUGAAAGACUUCAAGAGCCAGGCCAUCGACACACCGGGCGUUAUUGAGCGUGUCUCGACGCUCUUCCGUGGCCACCCCAGCCUCAUUCAGGGCUUCAACACAUUCCUUCCGCCUGGCUACCGGAUUGAGUGCAGCAGCGAGCCUGGGCAGAGCAACCUCAUCACUGUCACCACGCCCACCGGAACGACGACGCAGACGCGUGGUGGCAUCGGCAUCGCAGGCGCCAUCAAUCGCAUGAGCGCAAAUAACCAAGCCGCCUCUUCGUCGAGAGCCCCAGGUCACCUGCCGCCCGCGGGAGGCGCGAGGGCAGAUGGCCAGCAGUCGGGCGUGGGCCGCCCUGAAGACCGCCAUCCUCCCUCUCUACCCGCUGGCUCCCUCAACCAAGGCCUGCGACCGCACUCUCCUGUAUCGAUGGUCUCCAGCGCCGCACCUGCCACACCCGGUGCUACUGCUGGCGCCGGCGUGCUCAGCCAUGGGGGGUCCAUGGAUGCGCCCGACAUGAAGCGGCCGCCUAUCGAGUUCAACCACGCCAUCAACUACGUCAACAAGAUCAAACAGCGCUUCUCAGGCGAUCCCGACACAUACAAGCAGUUUUUGGAGAUUCUUCAGACGUACCAAAAGGAGCAGAGGCCCAUUCAUGACGUCUACGCACAGGUGACCAUGCUAUUCGACAAUGCCAAGGACCUUCUCGAUGAGUUCAAACAGUUUCUUCCUGACACCAGCAACGGCCAACCAGCUACCGGUGGCCUGUUUGGAAUGCUGGGUCAGGUCACAUCGGGUGUGACCAAUCCCUCGAUGGCUGCUCCCGCCAACCCGGGCGGCAUGGACGCCGGUGUUGGAGGACCGAAGAAGCCAAUGGCUGGCGGCAGCGGUAUGCCACCUUCACAGGGAGGGCCUAGCGGUCGCAAAAAGAGGACCGCCGAUGGCGCUGGCGCAAAGGCUCCUGGUGCAAAGACGAAGAAGAGCAAGCAGCAACAUCACCACAAGCAAGAGCGAUCGCCGGGUCGGGACAUGAGCCCUCCAUUCGGUCACGGGCCACCACCUAUGGGUGCUCCCAUGGCCCCGAUGCAUCCCUACGGGCCUGAAGGCCACAUGAUGAUGGCGCCGCAUCCAGCCGAUGCGGCUGCCAUGCAGGUCGGCUUCCCGCCAGGUCACCCACAGGCGCCAUUGGCCACCGUCGACGAGGUUUCGUUCUUUGAGAGGGUCAAGAAGCACGUUGAUGACCGACCCACCUACAUCGAAUUUCUCAAGCUGCUCAACCUGUACACGCAGGAGAUCAUCGAUGUCCGAACCCUCGUCGACCGCGCGGCCCUCUUCAUUGGCGGACAUCGAGAACUCUUUGCAACAUUCAAGAAUCUGUGCGGCUACGAGAUGGGCAAGCACGGCUGGCUUGAAAACGAGGACCCAAUCAUCGAGAAUGUCCCGGCGCUGCAGAGGGAGCGCGUCGAUCUGAGCACGUGCAAGGUCUAUGGCGCCUCGUACCGCAAGCUGCCCAAGAGCGAGAUCAAUUUGGCCUGCUCAGGUCGUGAUCCCAUGUGCUGGGAGGUUCUCAACGAUACGUGGGUCAGCCACCCCACCUGGGCAUCCGAGGGAGAAUCCUUCAACCCACACCGAAAGAAUGUCUACGAAGACGCCCUGUACCGCUCCGAGGAAGAGCGCCACGAGUACGACUAUCACAUUGAGGCCAACUUGCGGACAAUUGCGCUCCUUGAGCCGAUCGCUGCGCGUAUUUCAAUGAUGGACGCUGAGGAGAGGGCCACUUUUCGUUUGAAACCGGGUCUCGGAGGCCAGAGCAAGAGCAUCUACCAGCGCGUCAUCAAAAAGGUUUAUGGCCGAGAGCAUGGACUUGAGGUCAUUGGUCAACUGCACGACAACCCCUGCGUUGCCGUUCCUGUCGUUCUGGCACGGCUCAAGCAAAAGGACGAGGAGUGGAAAAGAGCCCAGAGAGAAUGGAACAAGGUCUGGCGUGAGGUCGAUGCUCGAAACUACUACAAGAGCCUGGACCACCAAGGUGUCAACUUCAAAGCGGCCGACAAGAAAGCCAUCACGGCAAAGGCCUUCGUUGCCGAGAUUGAGACGCGUAGAACCCAGCAGCAACAGCGUCGCCUGGCGGCCGACCCAUCGCUUCCGCGCCCAAGGCCCAAUCACCAGCUUGUGUAUGGCCUCGACGACAUGCAGGUCCUGACCGAUGUGCUGAAGCUGGCCUUCAGCUUCUUGGAUAGAGCGGCGUACAGCAAGGCCGAUUGUGACCGCAUCGAGUCGCUCCUGCGCACCUUUGUUCCCAAGCUCCUCGACCUGGACCAGGCACAAUUUGACGAGCAGCUCAACGGCGAUGUCAUCCUGGGCAACGGAGCCGAUGACGAUGACAUGGAGUCGCGUGCUGAUGACGAUGCGCGAAGCGAAGCGACCAACGAAGACGACGAGACGGAGAGCACGUCGUCGUCGGCGCCCAAGCGGAGCAACAAGAAAGGAGCGCAACACCAGAACGACCUCCGUCGGAAAUUGCUGCGGAGCCAGGCAGAGACAUCUGGCGCUCCUGUCGCCACUGAGAAUCGCACAGGAAGCCCGGCCCUUGUCGCAGAAGUUAAGAGCGCGGCGGAUGCGGCGGCUAACGCAACAAGCGACUCCCCGGCUAAUGUUGCUUCGACAGAGGACGUCGAGAUGGCCGACGCGAGUGCAAAGGAGGCAGCAUCAACAAACGCCGCCGGUGCUGAGGAAGAGGUCGGAAACACCUCGACGGCAUCGGCGGCGGCAGACGUCGAGGUUGACUCGGCCAAUACUUGGACCAGAGCCGACUCAACGCAGGCAUUCGAUUCUACUUCAGGAGGGCAAAGGCCCGUCGAGGGAGCCUCUACCGAACCUGCGAAGCAGAGGCGGCUCAAUUUCUUCUGCUCGACGCCCCACUACGUCUUUGUGCGCCUGCUGCAGCUUCUCUACGCUCGGCUCCAUAAGAUGAAGUCGCUCGCUGAGCACAUGACCGCGCAACAGCCGCCAGUGAGGCGCAUCAACCCUGUCACGCUGGAACUCGGUCUCCAGGAUCCGGCGUCGGGCCCUGCUGCCGUCGUCGGUGCUGCUGCAGCCUCGUCUGCCGAGAACCAUGGUCAAAGUGUUGCUGUCGGUGAGGAGCCUUCCGGUCUGACGCUUCCCCCGAGCCGAUACUACGACACGCUGCUCGACCUCUGCGAGAAGCUCUUUGAUGGCGAGCUGGACACAAACACCUUUGAAGAGAGCGUGCGAUACAUGUACGGCAUCGAGGGCUACAUCGUCUUCACCCUUGACAAGGUCAUUGGUGCUCUAAUCAAGGCGGCCCACGCCAUCUCAACAGACCAGAAGAGCCAGGAGCUCCAAGCAAUGAUGACAAGUGAUCGGCAGUCUGCCCCGUCAUCAUCGUCGUCAUCUGCUGCUUCUGCUUCGACGGACUUCAAGUCGCAGAUUGCAAAGCGCAUGAUGGCAGAGGCCAUCGUGGGCAAGGACGAGAACCUGUACAGGAUCGAGUGGAUGGCAAGCAGUGGCACUCUACUGAUCCAGCUCCUGUCGCGCGACGAUCUGACUCUGGGCGACGAGGACGGGAGGAGCCAGGAGGAGAAGUGGCUCUACUACCUUGCAAGCUACACGCUCUGGACGCCGACCGAAGGACUGGAGGGAGAGGCAAAGGCGCCGUUCAUGGAGAGGAGCCUGGCCAAGGCGAGAGAGGUUAGCGAUGCGCAGGGGACAGACUAUUACACAUCGAACCACCUCGAGAUCAAGGUUUGCAUCGCCACGUACCGCCUCUUCUUCGUCGAGGACACCGAGGACGUAUUUGCGAGGCUACACACAAAAAAGACGAGGGAAAGACUAGCAAGGAGAGAAACGAGGGAGAGAAGAGCAAGGAAGACCAAGUUCGAGGAGUGGGUCGAGGAGAGGAGCAAGCAUCUCGAGGAGGGGUUGGACGGCUCGAAGGAGCAAGGAGAUGGAGGGAGCGACACGAAACAGCCAACCGCGCCAGCGGCUGCGGAAGGCGAAAAGGCUAUCGAGCAAGGGGAUGCCGCAGAGGAUACUGCAUCUGCAGGGCAAGCGUAGCCCCGCUGCCGAAAAGGCAAUCGGAAUGACCUACUAUUGAGAUGUUUUUCACAUGCCUGACUUCUUGGUUCUCCUGAUUUAUAGAUGAAUGACAUCGGAUUGAGCUCUUUAUGCUUCUACAACAGGUGCUGCAUCUGCCUGUCCUUGAUCCUUGGCGUCGCCCUCGCCCUUCUUCCAGGGCAGUGUGAGCCAAUUGGUGAGUGUGGUGAGAAGCGGCUUGCCUUCCGCGUCCUUCUUU